AGGGAGAGAGAGAGAGAGAGAGAGUUUCCCUUAUCACACACACAUGUACAUGUACGUGCGUGUGCGUACGCCCUCCCGAGCGAACGUGUGUCGACGUCCUCCCCCGGGGGGUGAGUGUGUGCGCGCAUCGGUGUACAUCUCUAUGUGUAUGUGUCCGUGGACCCUCUGCCCUCUUCCAUCGUCACAGGGGGUGGAUCGGAAGCGCGCAUGCUCCUACGGCCGAGAAUCUCCCCAGUCAGGGUAAAUCUGCCACCGAAACAAGACGUGGUGCGUGCCGUCAUGCUAUAUACAAUGUCGCGUACGCGAACGGUCGUGAUAAUUUCUUAAAAAAGUAACGCGGGGGUGACAGCUCGCGAGCCGAGAGAUCGGCAUGGAGAUUCGUGGCGAGUGGAAUUUCAUAUUAAUCAUCAAAACGUAGCCGGCACGGAGGCAGAGGACUAGAAAAAAAGACGAGAAAAGAAAAAAAAGGGAAACUGAGACGGAAGAACAGUUUCAGCCGAUGAAUUAUUAAUUGUGAUCACAGAAAAAGGAACCAUGACGUGGAUUGCGACGGAAACAGUUAUGCGGUGAACGGGGAACAUUUCUGCGACCGGACCGCUGGCUGCGCGAUCUCGAGCGAUCUCGAGAGCGACGGAACGGAAACGAGCAGUGCUUACGGAAGUUACCUUACUUUCAAGUUGACUGGCGCGCGAUCGAUCGGUCGCUCCGUAUCGAUCACUGGUGCUUUGUCGCUGCUUUAAAAGACUCGAGAACAAAGCUGAAGAGAGAAAGGGAACUGAGACAAUCGUGUCUCGCUAUGUGUCUCGCGACUUCACGGCAAUCGUCGAUUCUUGGGACGUUGCGGACCGCGCGCGAUCGCGCGACGGAGGCUGGGACCGCCCUAUGAAGGGACUCCCUGAUUUACAGUUAAAAAAAAAUCUUUAAAAUCGUCACGCAAUACUACAAAUCGCCGAGUUCCUCCAGGACACUUACUACGUGAUUCUUUCAGCGACUGGAAAAUUUAAAUCAUUGAGAAGCGCGAACACUUUAGCGAAGACUCCGCGGAAGCGGAGCGGAUAUAGGUGGAAAGUUUCGCAACACACGGCACGCCGCUCGUCGAAAGUUUCGCCAUAAUCAUUUCCGUGCACGUUAUCGCCUACGUGGAAAGACGACUACAGGGGAUAGACGACACACCGAAGUGCGGAUAAUAGUGCAGCGCGCAUAUAUAUACGUGUCACCUCUUGCGGGAAAUCUGGCGCAUAGACCGUCGAUCGUCGCGAUUUCAUCCCUGCCUCCGAGCGGAUUGAAAUCUCAAACUAAUUGUGACUAAACUGCCAGUUAUCUCGUUCCAACCGCGGGAUACGGAUGUGGGAAAGCGUGUGUUAAUAAUCGGCGUAAAAGCCAGAACGAGUCGACGUGAUAACCCGACCCGAUGUUAUCUGGUGGGGUAUAUCAGUGAGUGGAUGGUGAUUGUUAGCUAUCUCGUAAAGAGGAUGUGAAUCGUUUCAGUAUCGAAGUGUAAGCGUCUCCUGAAACAGUCGCGGAAAUGGCUCUGAGAUGGCAAGCGAGGCUCUCAAUUGCUGCCAUACUCUUCAUGUGCACGGAAGAUACACUGAGUCUAGGAGAUCGGACGAUAGAUAACAUGGAUAGACACGCGAUCCAGACCAGACCUCGGCAACAAAUGCUGGAUCAUUCUUCCGGCCCGAAGUCGAAACCGGAACCCACCUUCGACUUCACACAGAAUAGCAACGUGACGGCCCUGAUUGGAAAAACUGCAUACCUCACGUGCCGAGUUCGCAAUCUAGGCGACAAGACCGUAUCCUGGGUCAGGCACAGGGACAUCCACAUCCUGACGGCGGGAGCGUACACGUACACAAGUGACCAACGAUUUCAAGCACUACACAGACAAAAUACGGGCCACGGCAACGAAUGGUCCGACUGGACCCUCUGCAUAAAGUGGGCACAGGAGCGUGACCAGGGAAUCUACGAAUGUCAGAUUUCCACCAUACCUAUCAAAUCGUAUCAGUUUCACUUGAACGUCGUUGUACCUACAGCGACGAUACUGGGCGGUCCCGAGUUGUACGUCGGUGCAGGCAGCACGAUAAACCUGACGUGUGCCAUACGCUUCAGCUCGGAGCCACCAGCCUACAUCUUCUGGUACUACAAUGAGAACGUCCUGAGCUACGACAGUCCCAGGGGCGGCGUCUCCGUGAUAACCGAGAAGGGUGGCGACGUCACCACCUCCUGGCUUCUCAUUCAAACGGCGCAGCCCUCGGACUCCGGGGAGUACAGCUGCAAGCCCAGUAACGCCAAUACGGCGUCCAUCAGGGUUCAUGUCCUAAAUGAUGGCAGAAUAUUCGUUACUUCGGUAAGAGAACAGGGAGUACCAGCUAGUCUGAUGACAGUAUCUGACAAAACAGGACCGGGAGGUCCACUUUUGGAUCCAUAUCCAAAUUGGUCAUGGUAUAAUGAGAAUGAUUGCAAUGGUAUUAUAAGUGUAUAUCGAGUGUCUAUCAAAUGUAAUCACAUCUUCGUUCUGGAUUGUGGCAAAAUUGGAGAAGACGCCGUUUGUCCUCCGCAACUAUUGAUCUUCAAUUUAAAAAAUAAUAAGCUCGUUAAACGUAUUCGCAUUCCACCUCACAUCGCUAACAAUAAAAAUGGCACUGGAUUACUCGUAACACCACUUGCUUAUGUUCGAGAUUGCAAAUAUAUAAAUGAUGCGACUGUAUUUAUGGCUGAUGUAGAAGGUUACGGUUUGGCUAUUUACAACGAAAAUUUUGGUUUCUGCAGAAUCGAAUCUAAUUAUAUGAAACCGACCGAUGCCAAUUUUACGAUAGAAAAUCAAAGUUUUUAUUUGGAAGACGGGAUUUUCGGCUUAACAAUUAUUUAUAAACAGUUGUAUUAUGCUCCCUUAGCGGGAAAGGAAAUAUAUAAAAUGGAUCUGUUUAAUCUUCAUCAAGAAUGUUUAGAAUCAAGCCAAAGUGAAGUUGAUAAACUAACUCAACUAGCGGGUACAUUAUCUGGCCAAACGGGACCGAUAGCAUCCGAGCAAUGCGCAAUAUUUUUUAGCAAUAUUCCGGAAACAUCCAUUUUAUGCCAAGAUACUGGAAAAGAAUUUCAUUCUACCAACACAGAGGUCAUUGCGCAAAAUUCCGACUUAUUGCAAUUUCCAAGUGGAAUAAAAGUUGUAAAUCAUAGAAAAAAUCUGAUGAUUUUAACAAACAGAUUUCAGCGAGUUAUUACUGACACAUUAAAUAUAAAUGAAAAAAAUUUCCGCAUUCUCACCAUGGAUUUAGAAGUAAUACAGAACGAGACAAAUUGUUUUGCUUCAUGCAGCGAAGAUCAUAAUAAACCUGAGCACCAUAUGCCUUGGCAUGAUAGACCUUGGUAUGAUGAUAGAUUUUGGUAUCACUUUACUAAACGCUGAAUAUGAUAAACGUGAUGAGAAAAUAUGAUAAACUUAAUAACUGACACAUAUAAUAAAUACAAUAAACAUAAAAGAAUAUUUUAAAGAAAUGUUCUUUAAAAAAUAUAUAAAAAACAUGUUCCAAGAACAUAAGAAUAAAUUCCAAUUUGUAUGCAACGAGAAUAACAAUCUAAAAAAGUUUGUAAAAAUACAUAUUUUAAUAUAUCCGGA